GCCGCCUCCCGACGCCUCGCCGCCCUCCCGCCCGCGUUCCACCAUGGACAGUCUUGUUUUCACCUUAUAAAGAUGGCGGUGCGGGAUCGCUGCAACCUUUAGACUAAUGACUGUCCGAAACAUCGCCUCCAUCUGUAAUAUGGGCACCAAUGCCUCUGCUCUGGAAAAAGACAUUGGUCCAGAGCAGUUUCCAAUCAAUGAGCACUACUUCGGAUUGGUCAAUGCGUUGUACUUCUGCCGGCCGUUCAGGGAGAAUGUGCUGGCUUACAAGGCCCAGCAAAAAAAGAAGGAAAACUUGCUGACGUGCCUGGCAGACCUUUUCCACAGCAUUGCCACGCAGAAGAAGAAGGUUGGCGUGAUCCCACCAAAGAAAUUCAUCUCAAGACUCAGAAAAGAGAAUGAUCUCUUUGAUAACUACAUGCAACAGGAUGCUCACGAGUUUUUAAAUUAUUUGUUAAACACUAUUGCGGACAUCCUGCAGGAAGAGAAGAAACAGGAAAAGCAGAAUGGGAAAUUAAAAAAUGGCAACAUGAAUGAGCCUGCGGAAAACAAUAAACCAGAACUCACCUGGGUCCAUGAGAUAUUUCAGGGAACGCUCACCAAUGAAACGCGAUGCUUGAACUGUGAAACUGUGAGUAGCAAAGAUGAAGAUUUUCUUGAUCUUUCUGUUGAUGUGGAGCAGAAUACGUCGAUUACCCACUGUCUAAGGGAUUUCAGCAACACAGAAACAUUGUGCAGUGAACAGAAAUAUUAUUGUGAAACGUGCUGCAGCAAACAGGAGGCCCAGAAAAGGAUGAGAGUGAAAAAACUUCCCAUGAUUCUGGCCCUGCACCUGAAGAGGUUCAAGUACAUGGAACAGCUCCACAGGUACACCAAGCUGUCUUACCGGGUGGUCUUCCCUCUGGAGCUCCGGCUCUUCAACACCUCCAGCGACGCAGUGAACUUGGACCGCAUGUAUGACCUGGUCGCCGUCGUGGUCCACUGUGGCAGUGGUCCCAAUCGUGGACAUUACAUCACUAUUGUGAAGAGCCAUGGCUUCUGGCUUUUGUUUGAUGAUGACAUUGUAGAGAAAAUAGAUGCUCAAGCUAUUGAAGAAUUCUAUGGCCUGACGUCAGAUAUAUCAAAAAAUUCUGAAUCUGGAUAUAUUUUAUUCUAUCAGUCAAGAGAAUAACAUAAGGAACUAUGGAACUCAUCCGAGCCGGGAGGACGCUCAAAGAACUAGUACCUGGUUUCUCUGGACUUUUCUCCUUCCCCAGUGGCCCACCAGUGACGUCACUCCGCGUCUCCCUGGUCUGGCUGUGUUACACUUUACCCUCCCUGUUCCCCCGCCUUCCAUUUUUUACAGGCAGCACUACUCUUGGUUUUCUUUUAGUCUGAUGUAGCGUUAACUGCAAUCAGAUUGUAGUAAGGUUCUAUGAGUAACAUUGCUAACAGAAAGACUGGGUAUACACUACACCACGUUCCAUGUCUGGCUGAAUUAAAUUGGCAUUUCUUAUGAAUGUCUCUACAGUCGACUUGGGGGCGGGGGUGUCUUUGCUCAACUUCAGUCGCUUCCAGGGUCUCCUUACAAUGCAUUCCUUUUAACAUUUCCCUG